CUAAAAAAAUAUACAGAACACAAGAAAAGCAUCAAGGAGUGUGAGCCUCUAGUGUAUAAUGCUAUGCAGCAUCUCAAGUUCACAACAUUGUUGCUAUCACCAUCACCCUUGAAUCUCUCCCAUCGUUCUCUCAAGCACAUCAAAUGCUUCUCCUCUUUAUCUUCUUCAACCGUUUCCCCAUGGUCUGGUCUCCAUUCAUGGAGGCACAGUCCUCUCAACGAGAAUCGCAACUGGGGUCCACUCGGUCCUCACCCCGCACCGGAACCCGACCUCAACGAUUCCCCUUUCGGCGAAGCUUCUUCAUUGGCUGAGUUUGGUUCCAUUGUUCUUUCUACCACCGACCCCCUCACCAAGUCCCAUCUCUCCCACCUCGCUUACUCCCUCUGGCGCCGCCACAAUCUUCCUAUUGGCCUCUCCGACCCUCCAUCUCGACCUGCCCGGCCUGAAAAGCCUCUACUGGUUUCCCCUAGGGAAGUUCCUGCUCCUAAAAAUUCGGGUUUGCCUUUGAAUGCUUAUUUGCUUCAUAAUCUAGCACAUGUGGAGCUCAAUGCAAUUGAUUUGGCUUGGGAUACUGUUGUUCGAUUUUCUCCCUAUAGUGAUCUUCUCGGGGAGGGGUUCUUUGCGGAUUUUGCUCAUGUUGCUGAUGAUGAGAGUCGCCACUUCUCUUGGUGUUCGCAGAGGCUUGCUGAAUUGGGUUUCAAAUAUGGAGAUAUGCCAGCUCACAAUUUGCUAUGGAGGGAAUGUGAGAAAUCAUCAGACAAUGUUGCUGCACGUUUGGCAGUGAUCCCACUAGUCCAGGAGGCUAGAGGACUUGAUGCCGGGCCACGUUUGGUGCAAAAAUUAGUUGGCUUUGGAGAUAAUAGGACAUCUAAAAUUGUGGCUAGAAUUGCUGAAGAGGAAGUUGCACAUGUAGCAGUGGGGCUUUACUGGUUUCUUUCUGUCUGUCAAAAAAUGGGCCGCACCCCAGACUCCACUUUUAAAGACUUGCUCAAGGAAUACAAUGUGGAACUAAAAGGUCCCUUCAAUUAUGCGGCUCGAGAGGAAGCUGGCAUUCCCCGUGAUUGGUAUGACACGCCAUCAACAAGCAAUCAAGAAAAGAAAGACAAAGAUGACAAUAAAAAACACCUCUCUGAAGUUUAUGAGAGGGUAGCUUCCAUCAUUGCUAUGGAAAGAGAGAAUUUAAGUUUGACAAGGCCACCUGAAUGAUCGUGGCCAAAAAUAAUGAGCAAAUUUUGUCUUCAACUGGAAAGUUGUUAGCUGAUAUAGGAACCUGUCUUCCCAACAGCCAACAAGUCAAAGAGUUUGGUGAUGCAAUUCUUUCAUUUGCAAAAUAGUCAACUUUGACUGCAAGUGCUGAUGCAAAUUCCAAAUUCCAUUUGUCCAGGCAUCCACUAUUUGCUGAGAAGCUUGACCCAAAGGGAAUGGCAAAAUUAUUGUUUGUAAAUUACACCAGUUAUUGCCUGUUAGUAUAGACACUUUAUGCAAUGUAUAUACAAAAAAUUUAUAGCAACAAAUCCAAUGAGAUUGAAGUCAAUGAUCAUGGCUUAGCUUAUUUUUUUUA